AUGGACAUCUCUACCCUACAGGCAGCAGCCGAACGCAUCAUCCUCGACCCUUCCUACCACGCUCCCCUCACCCUCCUAAAAGCCAUCCGCAAUGGCCUCGUCUACGGCACAAAAGUCCGUUUCCCGCACGCGCUGGUCAUGAUCCUUCUCUUCCGCUCCGGUCCCCUCCCUCAAAAGAUCUCCGCAAUCCUGAAAGCAACACGCCAGCAUGCCAAAAACCUAGCCACCUUUGCAUUCAUCUACAAAGCAUUCAUGCUGUUGCAAAAGAGUAUAAGACCUGGAGGUAAAGAGUUAAAAGCCGAUAGUUUUGUGGCUGGGUUGGCGGGUGGUUGGUAUGUCUUUGGCCGCAGCAGGAAUAGUGUGAACCAACAAAUCGUCAUUUACGUUGCUGCGAGAGUGGUGCUUGCUGCAGCGAGUCUGGCUGUUCAACCUCGUGGUGACAAUACUUUGCUAGGAGGCAAGUAUGGCGGAAGGGGAGGUAUGGGGUUGUUGAGUUUGUCGGAUGAACACAGAGAAGCUGUGAGAAAACAUGCUUGGCCUGUGUUUGCGAGUUUGAGUUGGGGCUGUGUCAUGUGGCUGUUCAGGUUCUAUCCUGAUAUGCUGCAGCCCAGUUUGAGGCAUUCCAUGACUUAUAUUUACGAGAACGCCGACCACUGGGACUCGUUCAGGAACUUUUUGGUGCACAACAAAUGA